AUGUCAAGUUCAGGUCCAAUAAUAGUAUCUAAGGUUGAUACUAAUAAUUCUUUAUUAGCUACGGUACUAUUAGCAUUACAUACUCGUCAAGUAAAAGUACAAUCUGUAAAUACAAAUUUAACAUCAAUUAAUACAUCAUUCAAUUUAGAUAAAUCAAAUAAAGUAAAUAGUAUAACAUGGAUAAAUAUAAAUAGUUUAGAUUUGUUAGCCAUUUGUUUAACUAAGGGUUCAAUAAUAAUAUAUUCACCAUUGGAAAAUGAAAUUUUAUAUGAAUUAAAUCCAAAUUAUAAUGUUUCAAUUUUAGAUUUUCAUUAUUCAAAUAGUACUAAAACAGGAUGGAGUAGUGAUAUAGAUGGAAAUAUAAUAGCAUGGAAUAUGUUAAAUUAUACACAAGUUAACAAAUUCAGAAUUGGAGACCUUAUAGAAAAUGUUGAAUGUGUGAAUAAGAUACAAUCUGUAAAUUAUCAAAAUAAACCUUAUUUGUUACUUGGUGCAAAUUCAAUAUAUUUAUAUGAUAUAAAUGCCAAAGAGAUAAUUCGAACAUUUCCAGGUCAUAUUCAACCUAUAAAUGAAAUCAUACCUAUUGGUAAUGAAUUUUUCUUAUCAACUGCAAAGAAUGACCGUUUCAUAAAUUUAUAUCAAUUAGAUAAGACAACAACUAAAUCUGUAUUUGUUGCAUCCUCAAAUAUAAUAGAUAUAAAAUUUGCAAAAAUGGAGAAUAGUUCAAUUAUAGUUAUUAUAAAUGAAGUUGGAAAUCUAGAAAUUUUCAAUAAUCCAUUAAGUGAUAAUCAAACCACUCCAAAUAAAAAGAAAAGAAAAGGUGUAGAAUCAAAAUCAUUCAAUAGUACUAUAAAAUUGUCUAGACCAGAGUCUGAAAUCAAAAAUCCGUUAGAUUCAAGCAUACGUAUAAAUACAAUUUCAUUAGAUCAAAAUCGAAUCUUGUAUUCAUGGUUAGAAAAUUCGACAUUACCUUAUAUAGAUUCAAUUUCAUGGGUUGAUAAUAACGGAGAAUUGGAAAUUACCAAAGAUAAAACUAUAUAUAAAUCUAAACCAGAUAUGAAAUCAACUUCACAUUUGGCCAAUGGUCACGAUGUUGCAUCUGCAAAAUUAUAUAAUGAAGGUCAUACAAUUGUAAGUGAUGGAUUAAAUUUACAUAAUUUAGAAGAUGAUGAUGAUGAUGAUGAAUGCUUAGCUGAUAAAUUAGAUAAAUUAAUAAUGAAUAAACAACAACCAAAGAAAGAAAAGAGUGAUUUAAAAUCAGGUGUAUCAUUGUCUGUCAUUUUAACACAGGCAUUAAAGAAUAAUGAUCAGAGUUUACUUGAAACUGUGUUAACUAACCGUGAUUCAAACAUUAUCUCAAACACAAUCACCAGACUCGAUCCAUAUUUAUCAAUUAUCCUACUUGAUAAAUUAUCUGAAAAAUUAUUUAGAAAUUUCAACAAAUUUGAUCAAUUAAUUUAUUGGAUUAAAUGGAUUUUAAUAAUUCAUGGAUCAAUUUUAAAAACAUUACCAAAUUUAAAUAUCAAAUUGAUCAAUUUAUAUUCAUUAUUAUAUAAAAAAUCAGAAACCCUUCCCAAAUUAUAUGAAUUAGAAAAUAGAAUACAUGUAUUAUAUGAACAAAUUGAUUUAAAAAAUGAAAUAUUACAAGAUAAUGGAAUACAAGAAGAAAUUGAAAUUGAAACAGAUGAAUCAGAUAUUGAAUAUAUUGAAGAAAUAGAUGAUUUGGAAUUUAUGGAACAAGAUUCUGACGAAGAUAUGGAUAAUUAA